UCCCCAUAUAUCACCUUACCUUCUCCAACUAACUUUCACAACGUCGUCGUCUCCGUCCACACUUCUGCAACAUUUCGUGCAAUUUUUCCCAUGUCCCGCUUACAAUCCCUAACAAGAUCCACACCGUCCAUCCACCAAUGGUUCUCAAUCCGCCACUUGUCCACCGCACCACAGCCAUCAUCAUCGUCACUCUCGUCUCUGAUCACUGCCUCGAGCUUCGACUCUAACCGUCACCAAAACCCAUCUUAUGGCUCCUUCCUUAAAUGGAUAUCGGGCUUCGCUAUGGGCUCGGGGCUAGGGCUUCUCUACUGGUCUUCUCCCGAUUCGGUCUUGACUUUCGCCGAUUGGUCGACGGUGGUCCCGGGAGAAACUUUGGAGGAUCAGCCUUCGAGUUCCCUGUUCCAGAAACUAUCUUUGCCCGAAAUUACCGCUAGGUUUCUCUUCGGAGAUGCUUAUAGAAGAAAGAUCUUCUUUAACUAUGAGAAACGCAUUAGGUUGCGAAGUCCGCCUGAGAAGGUUUUUGAGUAUUUUGCAUCCUCUAGUACGCCAGAGGGAGAGUUACUUAUGAGGCCAGAAGAUCUUAUGAGGGCAGUAGUUCCGGUUUUCCCUCCAUCUGAGUCCCACCUUGUUAGAGAUGGAUAUUUGAGAGGGGAAAGAAAUCCUGGAGAUUUGCGCUGUUCUCCUUCUGAAUUUUUCAUGCUUUUUGAUGUAAACAAUGAUGGGCAUAUUUCUUUUAAAGAAUAUAUUUUCUUUGUGACACUACUAAGCAUCCCAGAAUCAAGUUUUUAUGUCGCCUUUAAAAUGUUUGACACAGACGAUAGUGGAGAAAUCGAUAAGGAAGAGUUCAAGAAAGUGAUGGCUUUGAUGCGAGCCUGCAAUAGACAGGGUGCUAACCACAGGCAUGGACUUCGAACUGGGCUAAAAGUCAAUGGUUCUGUAGAAAAUGGAGGGCUUGUCGAGUACUUUUUUGGUAAAGAUGGGAAGGAUUGCCUCCAACUUGAUAAAUUUGUCAAAUUUUUGAGAGAUUUACAAGAUGAAAUGGUAAGGUUGGAGUUUGCUCACUAUGACUAUAAAUUACGAGGAACCAUAUUGGCAAAGGACUUUGCCUUGUCCAUGGUUGCUUCUGCCGACAUGACUCAUUUAAGCAAUUUGCUCAAUCGGGUUGAUGAAUUGAACAAUAAACCACAUCUUAAAGACGUGCGCAUCACAUUUGAGGAAUUCAAAAGUUUUGCUGAGCUUCGUAAAAAAUUGCAGCCAUUGUCUUUGGCCCUUUUCAGCUAUGGAAAAGCAAAUGGCAUGUUAACACAAGAGGAUUUCCAGCGAGCUGCUUCUCAUGUUUGUGGCGUAUCUCUCACUGACAAUGUGGUUGAAAUCAUCUUCCAUGUGUUUGAUUCGAACCGAGAUGGAAAUUUAAGCUUAGCCGAGUUUGUUAGAGUUUUACACCAACGGGGAAGGGACAUUGCUCAACACGUGGAUACAGGAAUCAUGGUUCUCGACUAAUUAGAUUUGGCUGCAUGGACCCUACGGGUAACGUUAGGUUGAUACUGGUUUGAUAGUUCAAGGGGAUGAAUCCUCUUGUAAAUUCGUAAAAUGUAAACCUGUAAGUAGCUAGAUAAGUUAUAUCUGAAACAGUGACAUUCAACUGUUGUAAUGUGCUCCUCCUCUUGCCCCUAUAUCUAAUGUAAAACACGUAAAAGUUCCAUUUU